AUGGCUUUAGUACUGCAAUACAUCAGUGAUAUGAAUAGUUAUAUGGAUAAGUAUGGAGAUCCUCGGACAAAUCCAUGGUUCCUGAUGAGUUCACCACUUCCUACAUUAAUGAUAUGCCUAAGUUAUGUUUAUCUAGUCAAGGUUUUAGGGCCGAGGUAUAUGGAAAACAGAAAGCCUUUUGAAUUAACAAAUGUGUUAAUAGUAUACAAUUUUUUACAAGUAUUGUUCAGCUCAUGGCUGUUCUAUGAGAGCUUGAUGGGAGGCUGGCUGAAACAUUACAGCCUUCGAUGCCAGCCAGUGGACUACACUGACAAUCCUAUAGCUAAUAGAAUCGGUGGCGCUGGGUGGUUCACAGGCAGGUAUAACUUUCAAUGUCAGCCGGUCGACCACUCGAAACAUCCACAAACGAUGAGGAUGGUUCAUGCAUGUUGGUGGUAUUACUUUUCAAAGUUUACAGAGUUCUUUGAUACGAUCUUCUUUGUGCUAAGAAAGAAAUUCGAUCACGUAUCAACUCUCCACGUGAUCCACCACGGUGUGAUGCCCAUGUCCGUCUGGUUCGGAGUCAAAUUCACCCCUGGAGGCCAUUCAACAUUCUUCGGACUUCUGAACACGUUCGUGCACAUCAUCAUGUACACUUACUACAUGGUAUCGGCCAUGGGACCUCGGUGGAAGCGGUUCUUGUGGUGGAAGAAAUACUUAACGACGCUACAAAUGGCUCAAUUCAUCGGCAUCAUGCUGCACGCGUUCCAGUUGCUCUUCAUCGAAUGCGACUACCCUCGUGCCUUCGUCUGGUGGAUCGGGAUGCACGCUGUUAUGUUCUUCUUCCUCUUCAAAGACUUCUACAACCAGUCUUACAGCAAAUCAAAGGUCCGCGCCAGUUCUCCGGCGCCGGUGACGACGACCAUAAGCGAGGACGUGACGUACAAAAACGGCUCCGUGAAGAACGGCUUCAGCAACGGACACACCAACGGCCUGGUGCGCGCCCGCACCGUCCUCCCCGCGGGCAACUGA